AAAAAAUAGGAGUUUAUGGACCUUCCCUUCAUUGCCUCUCCAUCGAAGCUUCGGUUCCGGAAAGGGGGACGGAAAGAAUAAAGGGGACAGUAAAAUAAUGGCCCUUCUGCGUCUACCUGGCUGACUUCUGACUCCAUGUGGCAGGCGGCCCCUACGAACGGGAAUGAAAUGGAGGGGGCGUGACGCUCAGGAAAUACUUCAAACAUAUUGUAGGAGGAUGAAACCGCUCUGGUCACCGAGAUUACGAUGGAAAUACGCUGUGGUGGCCUAUUAUUCAGCUCCAAAUUUGACUCUGGCAAUUUGGCUCAUGUUGAGAAAGUGGAACACCAGGAAGGUGAUGGUGACAACAAUUUGAAUGGCAGUAGUAGCAUCAAUACUUCUUCUGCCUCAGUGGUGUUUGGCAACUCCCUCCCCACUGCAGACUAUGAAUUCAAUGUGUGGACCAAGCCAGAUUGUGGUGACACAGAAUAUGAGAAUGGGAACAGAUCCUGGUUUUACUUUAGUGUGAGGGGAGGAAUGCCUGGCAAGUUGAUCAAGAUUCAUAUUGUGAAUAUGAACAAACAGACCAAACUUUAUUCCCAGGGAAUGACACCCUUAGUCAAGACAGUACCUGUCAAGCCCCGUUGGGAACGCAUUCGUGAGCGACCUGCCUUUGAGGUAUCUCACAAAAGAACUCUAUUACAUGUCCAACAUUAUGGCACAAUUAGUCGGAGGGCAGGCGCAGACUCUAGAAAAGCUGAGGGGAAGCCGCGCCCCACCACCCACAGAACAAGAAAGUACCCUAGAGGAGGACGUGGAAAAGGGAAAAAGGAGGCGGCCCCACCCAGGGGUACACCCUAUCUGGAUGCCAUCUAUUAUCAUCGGGAAUUGUUGUGCUAUUCCCUGGAUAAGCUACGGGUGGACUUGCUCACCAUCACAUCAUGUCAUGGCAUGCAGGAGAAGCGGGAGGCUCGACUGGAAAAGUUAUUCCCAGACAAGAACACACCCCGACCACACUGUUUUGUGGGAAAGAGAGUAUUCUUUCUGAGCAGCAGAGUACAUCCUGGGGAAACACCCUCUAGCUUUGUGUUCAAUGGAUUCCUGGAAUUCAUACUGAGGGAGGAGGAUCCUCGGGCCCAAAUGCUGCGUCGUAUGUUUGUCUUUAAGCUCAUCCCUAUGCUAAAUCCAGAUGGAGUGAUGCGAGGACACUAUCGGACAGAUGCUCGUGGAGUUAAUUUGAAUCGUCAGUAUUUGAACCCUGAUGCAGAGCUGCAUCCUGCUGUGUAUGGGGCCAAGGCUGUCAUGCUCUAUCACCAUGUUCACAGCCGGAUGCAGCCGGAUUCUCCUGAUUGGCGAACCUAUGCUUCUCCGCUCAACACAAAAAUAGCCAAUCAACGUUCUACCCGCAAAUGUCCCCAUAGUGAAGACAUCCCUCUUUCUGAGCUGGAAAAAUCAAACAACCUUCACAACUGUUCCACAGAGUUCUGUAUCACCUCAUCCCAGGACCUUGAAACUUCAGAGGUACCAGGAAGCAAAGACCAUGAUGUCUGGAUCCUUUCAAAAGAACUGUUAUCUGAGCACUGUGAGAAUGAAGUUGAGAAUCCUCCACCAGCCCCAGAAACCAUCUCACCUCAACAGAGUGGUCUGGCUUACUAUGUUGAUCUGCAUGGACAUGCCUCUAAGCGUGGCUGUUUCAUGUAUGGGAACAACAUUUCUGAUGAGAACUACCAGGUUGAAAAUAUGCUAUUUCCUAAGCUCAUCUCCUUGAACUCUGCUCAUUUUGAUUUCACGGGGUGCAACUUUUCAGAGAAGAAUAUGUAUGCUAAAGACAAGCGGGAUGGACAAUCAAAAGAGGGCAGUGGGCGUGUGGCCAUUUAUAAAGCCUCAGGCAUCAUUCACAGUUACACACUGGAAUGCAAUUACAACACAGGAAGAUCAGUCAAUACUGUUCCAGCAGCAUGUCACGAUAAUGGGCGGGCAACGCCUCCUCCUCUCCCAACAUUCCCAUCCAAAUACACCGUGGAACUGUUUGAGCAGGUUGGAAGGGCCUUAGCAGUCGCAGCACUGGAUAUGGCAGAAUGCAACCCCUGGCCUCGGAUUGUCCUCUCUGAACACAGUUGCCUUAGCAAUCUGCGUGCCUGGAUGCUGAAACAUGUGCGCAGCAUGAGAGGAGUGACAGGCUACUCCAAGAGGAAGGGUACCAAAACCCCACCCAAGGGGGGCAAUGGGAUUUCUGCUUCCAGCUCAGAGAAUUCUCUCUGCCGAGCCAGGAGCUUCAGUAAUGGUAGUGUCAAUCAACAAGCUACCCCUCACGUCAAGACCUCACCCAGCUUCACCUUCAGCUCCUCUCACACCCCCGCCUCCUCGGGGGGCUUGGGGCAGAGCCCUCGGAAAGGUGCCUCAAGGGUGCUGGCCCUUGUGCGAGAACCUCGAGUUCAGGAGAAGAGGCGCCAUCAGCACCAGACCUUGCUACGAGCUGCUGUGAGCAGCAUCCAGGCACCCUCUCUCCCUUGUUCCACCAGAAACACCUCUCAUCUCCAGCUGGCUCCCAGCCUAGGCUCCUGCUCCCUUCCAACUACUAUCAACAUACCAGGACCCAGCUGCAACAGCCUACGUACAGCUGCUAAGGCUAGCACUGAGCAUGUCCCUGAGAAGCUGAAGCCUCCACCUUGUGGCCUAGCAUUGCUACAGAACUUUUCCAGACGGCUGAACAAUGAAAAACUAUCAGAAACUACUAGUUUAGAUAUACUGAUGCCUCGGCCAAGCCGGAUCCCCAUACGCAGGAGACCAGUAGGACAAACCCAGCACUUACUCAGAUUUCAUAGCUGCAGUGAUGACUCUUCCCUCAAGGUGUGGAAAUAUGCACCCCCAGAGAUACCAACACAAAGUUCCUUGCCAGAAUUUCAACUGGAAAUGCCAGUAACGAGUCAGAGGGAAGAAUCACUUUUUAUGUGCAACCCUCCCAAAGUUUUGCUGGACGAGCAUCUCCCUGGGCGACCAGAUUCCCCCCAACUCACCUACCGCAAGAUCCUGUCUUUCUGCACUGAGGCCUGACUUGCCAGUGGGGGCACAACAGCUGCAGCCCAUGUGCUCUAGGGCCUCAAGUGCCACCACCCCACAGCAUGCCAGCUGACUCCAACUCAUUCCUUGGUGUGGAAGAAACCUCUUGAGACCCUUCUUGUUGGCACUCGAUGAGUUCGUGAUCCAAUCACCCCCUUCCUCUCCUCUUUCCUCUUUUAAAUCAAAGCUGCUUUUUAGAACAGCAGCCAGUAGUUCUGGCUUUGAGACUUUGCCAGGAAUAAGGGCCUCACAUCACAUCUUUUUUUGUAGCCAGCUACACAAAACAUUGAAGGCUUAAGGGAAAAUGGGCCCCUGACUGUUUCCCAGCAAUCCUCAUCUAAAUCUGGGAAUCCAUCUCAUUUGUUUUUUUUGUGAAGGAGGUGCCUUUCAAAAAAGAAGCAAACCAGGCUAAUUGCAAGAAGCUGUGUAGGUGCAUGUAUGACACAUGGAAAGCAUAACAUGAUCAGCUCCUCCUGGUCUGACUACAGCCUAGUGCCGUGGCCAAGACCCUUCCUCCAAUGUUAUUUCCACCACUGUACAUAAUUGGUUACUAGGUUGGAAGCUAUUUUUGAAACAAGUUUGUCUUAUAACGUGUUUCUAUAAAU